AUGGUCACCUCGGCCAUCCACCUGGAACUUGCCACAGAUUUGACGACAGAGACCUUCUUGGAUGCCUUGCGGCGCUUUAUAUCGGUACGUGGCAAGUGCAGUAAGAUCUACAGUGACAAUGGCACAAACUUUAUUGGAGCCAAGCGAUCCCUCGACGAGAUGCAAGAAUUGCUUUCUUCACAGGCACACAAGGACACCGUGUCUAGCACACUAGCGGAUGAUGGUAUCCAAUGGGUACUAAUUCCCCCGAGAGCCCCUCACUGGGGAGGGAUAUGGGAGUCGGCAGUUCGUUGUGUCAAGCUGCAUCUUCGCAGAAUUACCGGAAACUCAACGCUCACCUUUGAGCAGAUGCGCACACUUCUUGCUCAAAUAAGGGCAGUGAUAAAUUCACACCCCUUGUGCUACACACCGGAUACGGAAACCAACUACUUAUCACCCGCUCACUUCUUAAUUGGGCGACCAUUAACAACAGUGCCAGAUCCCGAUUUGAGUCACAUCCCAGUGGGUCGAUUAGGAUACUGGCAAAGCAUCCAGUCUAUGCUUCAAGGAUUCUGGAGAAAAUGGCAUCAGGAGUAUCUGACUACUCUGCAGCAACGUCCAAAAUGGACUACUUCAACACCCAACAUCUCGACCGGUGAUGUUGUGCUCGUAAAAGAGUCCAAUUCACCACCGGCAUCUUGGCACAUCGCUCGGGUUAUGGAAACCUAUCCAGGGAAGGACAACCUCGUUAGAGCAGUCAAAUUGAAGACCCCGACAGGAGAGAUGAUCAGACCCAUCACGAAAGUUGCUGUAUUGCCCCAUUCAGAAACUGUGUUUCAGGGCGGGCCGGGAUGUUCGUGA